AUGCAAUUCUUGUCCGUCGCCUUGCCGCUGGCAGCUUUGGCCAGUGGCGUCUACGCUAAUCCUGUCCAUGGCGGUUCUUGCGUCCACAACGCUUGCUUGGCCGCUGUCACCGGCAAGGCCGCCCUGGGAGAUGGCUCGCUCAGAGCCUCUCACUGCUCCAGCUUCCUGGCUACAACAGUGACUCCCAUCGUCACCGUCACUGAGACCAUCACCGGACACGGAAAGGACAACUGGAAGCGCGCCACCGUUGCGCUCUGCCCGAACGAAGUUCCCAACUACGCCAGCGCUUGCGACGAGGCUGCCUAUACCAGCGCGUGCUCAUGCUUUGGUUACACCGAGGUGAAGACUACCACAGUGGCGCCAACCACCACCACCAAAACGAUUUGGGUUAAGCCCACCGCUGGCUCCGGCUCAAGCUGCACAGCCUCGACCUUGUACAGCACCGUCACCGGCACAACCACUGUCGUGAGCGGUAGCACUUGCCCAGCUGUCACCGCCACGACUGUGACUCAGACCUCUAUCAAGACCAUCCCAACUUACAGCUCGUGCCCCGUGGCUAGCACCGUCACGAAGCCUGGCAGCACCUGCUCCGAAACCACGAAGACCGUGUACACCGGUGACGUCACUGCGACUACCGUCACUGUCACUAAUACUGCCACCGUUACUUCUAGCCCCAGCGGCACCAGUCCGGGUACCCCAUCGUCUUGCAAUGUGGAUGAUGCUUUGGCCACUACCCUCGUCAACAACUUUGUGAUCUUGCUCGAAUACACCUCGUACAACGGCACCCAGGGACCACCUGGCCGUGGCUACCAACAGAAUGUCUCCGAUGCUACUUUGGCAUCCGAUUUCAGCGAUAUCUCCGACUCGAUCAACUUCAUGGCCGGCUUCCCUCUUGGCUCAGUUACUUUCCCCAGCAAGCAAGCUUUCGACUACGGCCAGGGUGUUCUCCAGCCUGAGGUUGCUGUUACUGUUCUUAACAUCUGGCAUGACUGCAACUCCAUCACCUGGAGAUGGAGAAUCACGUCGACCGCACUCCCUGUCAACGGUAUCAACCACAUGAUCAUUGACAGCGACGGCAAGAUCCAGAAGAACUACGCUGAGUUCGACAACGGCGCAUGGCUCCAAUCUUUCGGUCGACAGUGCGCCAUCAACCCUCCCAGUGUGGCUAGCUCCGCUGCCCUCAGGGCCCGUGCUCUCGGCCUGGGCAUGUAA